CUCCCCGUCGACUAUCAGCCAAUGCCGCUUCGGGCCGCGUUAAUUUCGAGCUACCGGGACACUAACGUGCCGACUCGUGUCGUCGGCUUUACCUACUUAAAUUAUUACUAUUACUCUUGUCAACUUUUAUGGAAUAAUACUACUAUUUAUACACAAUUGUCAUCGCCAUUGCAACAACUUAACAAUUUUAAUUACAAUUACAAUAACAAUAACGAUAAAUUAAAUAGCGACAGUUGUCAAUCACUUACAAGAUCCCGUCAAAUAGUAAACCAAAGACGUCUGCAAAAACUACUACUGCAUUUAGCCUACGAAGAGUGGAAACGACGGAAGUGCAGUGCCACCGGCGUUAAAUAGUCGGUGUUAUUUAAACGUGAACUAUAUUUCAAACACGUUUUAUAAUUUAAAUAUAUAUAUAUAUAAAUACAUAUAUUUACGCGCUAUUUAAUAAAAAUUCGAAUAUAUAUAUAUUUAUAUUUUUCUGUUUUUUUUUUUAAAUUAAAAAUGUUUGAAUAUUAAAACACAUUACAUUACUGUAUGUACGUACCCUCUAUCACACGUUUGACACAGUUGAGUCUGCGCUGUGAGAGGUUCGCGAGCGGGGGUUGAAAACUCCAGGUGACCGCGUGGACAGACACAAGGCAAUCGGAGUGAAUAUAAGUGAUAUUAAUUCACAAUAAAUAUGAUAAAUAUUAAUUUUUAUUUUAAACAGUGAAGUGAAUUAUAAAUAUUAUUUAUCGAAAUUAGGUUUUUUUAUUUUUUAAAAUAAAGGAAAAAGUUUUAUACCAAGAUAUAAAUAUAUUAAGUGACUUGGUUUUAUCACUAUUUUUUAAAAAUUUAAUUUUACCUUCAUUGAGGUGGCUUGCAGUUCGUGGCCCGGUUAGAGGGUUUCUCUUGGUCGCGGCCUCCCUACUCUACGUCGGAUCUCCUUCACGUCAACUAAGGGACGUCUGUCUUACUGUCGGUUCGCGACAGGGCUAAUCACGCGCACAAGUGCAUAUUAAUAUAUGAAUAUAUAUAAAUUAUAUUAAUUUAAAGUGAUAAUAAUAUAAUUUAAAAAUAAGUGAUUGGAGUACUUCUGAUUGGACUGGUGUCUUAAAUCCACGGCGAUUUUUAAGUGAUCGCAGGGAGAAAAAGACAGGGAUAAAUAAUAAUAAAGGCACGUUAAAAGUGUGCCAGUUAGUCGUGGUGAUGCCUCGUAGAUCGGUACAGGAGCAGUUAGCUGGUAAGGAAGCAGGCGGUGUUGAUCGGAAACGCUGACGAGACCAGUUCCCGCUGGGCCCGGUCCAGGCCAUGAUCGGCCCGCCUACCCAGAGGGCACGCACCCACCAGCGUCGAACUCGUCAUCGUCAACCGGUAACGCCGGUUGACAAUAAAGAUCAACUGUACGUUACGUCAUUGUCGUCAAUUACCACUCCAUUGUCAUUACCAUCGACGACACCUUUGUUAUCUUCAACAUCACCGUCAUCAGAUUUUCAAUCUGGAUUCUGUGGUGUCCAACGAAUUCGGUUUGAUGCCACUGACCGAGAUACUGUUUGGCGGCUACCAACCCCAGAUGACGAUCAACCAGACAAGGACGCUGCCGAUGUGCAGUUUAUUAAUUUAAAAUUAAAUAAAACCAACAGUAGAUUAAGAAAGUGCAGUAAUAAUAAUUAUAAUUAUAAUUAUAAUAAUAGUAAUAAUAGUAGUAAUAGUAAUAAUAAUAAUAAUAAUAUUAAAAGUAAAGAUAAAGAUUAUAAUAUUGAUAAUAAUACAAGAACUACAGUACUGCAACAAGCAAGACGACAACGCGGAAGGGCGCGGAAUCACGGCAUCGUCUUCCUUCUUUUUGCCAUCGCCGUAACCUUCCUUGCACUUUUCUUCCCACCAGUUAUGGGAGCGACGAGCGACAGUAUAGAGGAGGAAACGACGAGUCCAGCAUCCGCUGCAGUGACUGAAACGACGACAGUGACCGUAGUUAAAACGAGAAUCGGAAAUGACAUAGGGGGUAGUAUAGACCUCUUGGCAGCUUUGCAACUGCACAAUACGACACGCCAAGGCGUGACGCAAGUACCCGGUCUCGUUAGACUGAAACCUGCAUAUUAUCUUGAGGGUGAGGAGAGAAAUCUUCAAGUAAGUCAAUCAAGUUUUGAAAGAGCGGCAUCUUUACUCCGGCGGGUUCCGGAGUUUACUGUUGCCGCGUCUUUGAAACAAGAAGAGGCUAAUUCGGGAACAAUAAUAGCCUUUUCUCAUGGUAAUAAUAGAUACUUGGAGCUGCAAAGCAGUGGAAGAAAAGAUGAAUUGCGUCUUCAUUACGUGUCCCGUCGUGACGGUGCCGUGCAUGUUGAGGCCUUUCCCUUCCGUCUGGCCGACGGAGUGUGGCACAGGGUCGCCUUGAGUAUUAGCGGCUCGCAGGUCGAGCUUUUGGUUGACUGUCAUCCCCUUUACAGGCGUCUACUGAGGCCUGGGCCACCUGACACUAAUUUUACCCUGCCACAGCUUCAACUCUGGGUCGGCCAACGUAACGCCAAGCACUUUUUAUUCAAAGGCGCUCUUCAAGAUGUUAAGCUUAUUCCAGGUGCACAUGGAUAUUUAUCACAAUGUCCUCAACUCGAUACGUCAUGUCCUACUUGUGGUCAAUUUUCUAUUCUACAAAACACAGUAGAACAGUUAAUGCAUAAUCUCAAUGAAUUGACACACAGGCUAGCUGCUGCAGAGGGUAGAAUAAGCAAAGUGGAAGAAUGCGAGUGCCAAAAAUCUUGCAGAUCGAAUGGCACAAUUCACGAGGACGGCUCAACUUGGGAAGAAGGUUGCCAACAAUGUGUGUGCGUCCACGGUGAAAUUGAAUGUCGACCUACACCUUGUGCUCCAGUAAAUUGCAAACAUCCAGUCAUACCUCAAGGAAAAUGUUGUCCUGUUUGUCUAAAGGAAUGUUUUUUGAAAGACACUAUUUACGACCACGGAGUAAAAAUAUUCCCAAGACCAUGUUUCGAGUGUGAGUGCUUCGACGGUAGUUUUACUUGUCAAAGUAUUGAUACCAAAACUCGAUGUCCACCAUUACCUUGUCCACCAAGUGAACAAAUAACUGUAGCUGAAGAAUGUUGCAAAUUUUGUCCAGGAGUGGAUUACUGCGCUAAAGGUCAUAAUUGUCAUACAAAUGCAUCCUGCCUAAAUCUUCAGACAACUUAUGCCUGCCACUGCAAUAUUGGUUUUCAAGGAGAUGGCCAAAAUUGUCACGACGUUGACGAGUGCAAACAGCAAGGCGGCCUCGAGGGUCACCAUUGCAAUAAAAAUACUCGAUGUGUCAACGUAGUUGGUUCAUACACGUGCGAGUGUCUUCCCGGGUAUCAGAGGGUAGACAAAUUCAACUGUGCUGAGCUGGAUGAGUGUACGACCGGCCGUCAUUUGUGUUCCGAACACGCGACUUGUGUCAAUACGCCUGGCAGUUACUAUUGCAUCUGCAAAGAAGGAUACACUGGAGACGGCUACACUUGCAAACCGGUAUGCAAUCAAACUUGUCAGAACGGUGGUGAGUGUAUCGCACCAGGUAAAUGCUCAUGUCGUCGUGGAUAUAUUGGCAACAGCUGUGAGCUGGAUCUCGACGAAUGCGCGAGUGAUUUGCACAGAUGUCAUCACUCGUCAACGUGCUUCAAUAUGCCUGGAUGGUAUUAUUGCCGGUGCAAACCUGGUUACCGUAGUGCUCUUCACGAUAGCACCCAAGGGACACACUGUUUAGACAUUGAUGAGUGUAAUGAUCAGACACUCGAGAGGAGACACACCUGUCAUCCGACUGCCAGAUGUGUUAAUACUGAUGGUGGAUACGAGUGUGCUUGUCCACAUGAGGACACGUCGCUUGAUCAAUGCAGUCUAAAUUGCUGGUACGAGGAUCGUGAAAUUGGAAACAGCGAGACUUUUGCUCCAGCUGGUAAUCCCUGUAGACAGUGCACCUGCAAGGAUGGUGUUGUCACAUGCAGAGAUCCCAUAUGUGACUGUAGCGCGCCAAGUAGUAGAAGAGACAAAUGUUGUCCACAAUGUGAUCCUGCUGCGUCUUGUCGGCAUCAAGAGCUACAUCAUCUUGUCUUCAGAAGUGGAGAACGAUGGAUUUAUCAAUGCCAGACUUGCGAGUGCUUGUAUGGUGAAAUAGACUGCUGGCAAAUGGAAUGCCCACCAGUGACUUGUAGCAACCCAGUAACUGAAGACGGCGACUGUUGUCCGCGUUGCGAGGACGAUCCAUGCGCUCGAGAAAAUCAUAUUAACAGUACAUCGUAUUCAUCUUCAUCGUCGGGUCAUCCGCAGCCAUGCAGUUACGCAGGCAUCAUUCAUGAAAGUGGCAGUGCCUGGCAGGACCCGCACGACAAAUGUACCACGUGCGAGUGCAAGGUGCCGUACUGCGCCCAAUUGGUGAGCAAUAGCGCGUGUUGUGUGCAUCGGACGGGCAGUUAUGCUGCAGCUACGAUUACGGCUGCGCUGGCGAUAAUGGGCUCGAGCAGCACACAGUCACUAUUAGCCAGCCUGAUCCUGUCUUUGUUCCAAGCGAUCCGAGCGCUUCGAGCAAAAGUAUCUCUUCACCGGAAACAGCAGUACCAACGAUUGGAUCUUCAACGAAUAUCGAACCACCAGCAUCGUCCUCCAGCAGCAUCACGAUCGAUAAAUCCGUCGAUUAUUAUUCCACGUUGGAUCCGCGGGUUGAUAAACUCUUGUAUUACGAAGCUCCGAACCCAUCAUCAUCAUCAUCAUCAUCAUCAUCAAUAUCAUCAUCAGAAACAGUCACAUCCUCAUCAUCAUCAUCAGCUAUCACUAGCUCAGUGGCAUCUUCAAUUAAAACGUCACUACCAGCAAGAAAACGCAGCGAUCCCGAGAUGGACAUCAAUAUCGAACAGCAGUCACGUGGUAUCGCUAAAAAUAUCAUUUCUUUCCCAAAGCCACCGUCAGUUCGACGCAAUCAGAUUGGUAACAGUCGGACCUUGGUGGCGAUAUCCGCGAAUAAUAAUAAUUAUGAUAAUAAUAACAAUAAUAAUAAUAACAAUAAUGAUCCACAAAAAAAUACACGUGGUAGUAUUAGUAGAUCAUCAUAUCUAUCAGCUUCUUCACGUCUCGUCGGUAGCAAUGACGCCACUUGAAGAGUUUUAUUACCAUCAGGUCGAUGUGCCGACGAGUUAGAUGACGAUUUAUGUUAAUAAAAGGACGCGGUUUAAUAAGGCAUUUAUUAACGCUAAAUGAUGAGUUAAGGACCAAUCAAGUGCCGUCAUUUUACCGACAAGCGGCCUUGCGAAUAUUAACGAGAGGAAAUUUUAAAAGUUAUUAAAUAAUCAAAGGUAUCAAGUGAUUUUUCGAUCACAGAGAAUCGUUUUAUUUAAUUAUUUUUUUUUUUUUUUUUU